UUGUCAACACUGGCGGAAAAUUAUGGGAAACGAUAAGAAGAAAGCUCCGAAAAACAGAAAAACGAAAAAAGUAUUGGUGUUUGAUGAGACAGCAAGAUUGGAAUUUUUGACAGGAUUUAGAAAAAGGAAAAAUGAAAGACGCAAGAAGGCUAAAGAUGACAAGGAAAUACAACUGAAGGAAGAUAAAAAGGAGUUAAAAAGACAGAGGAGAGAGCUGAUUGAAAAGAGCUUCUACUUCAAAGGCAAAUCCAAACAAAAGGCACCUGAACUGGAUGAGAUUGGAAAACCAACUGUGACUGAGCUGCCCGAACACACCGUUACCAUUACAGAUAUAUCAGAGAUAGAUAUGGUGGGUCACUCUGGUCUACGUCUGGGACAAAACCAGUUUGAAGAAGAACAGGAUGCUACAACAUCCCCACCAACGGAAUUUGAUCCAAAGGAACAUGCCAAGCUAAAACGAGAUAUAAAAAAGCUGAAACGAAAAGAAGUUGCCUUGUUAAACAAAGAAAUGCCAAAGAAGAAAUCCAAGCGACCAUCACAGCUCGGUCACAUCAAAGAGAAAAAGUCGCAAAAGAAAUUCCACAUGAAAAAAGUGAAGGAGAAAAAUAAAAUGAAAGGGAGACAUUAAAAAUUGUGUUUGGUCUGUGUUCAACUGAAAUUAAGACACUGAAAUCUGACAGCUGAAUAUGAAGAUAGGUUUUUGUGUACAGUUCUGAGUUUCAUCUCGUGAGGCAGAGUUGUAGAAAUAUGAAAGGUUUGUUUUGAAAUAUACACACACAGUUCAAUCCAGACUGAUUUUCCUGAGAUUUCUUUCCUAAUCUGCAGCUGAAUUUGUUUUUAUAGAAAUUGAUCGUUCUGUCGUAAAACGUGUACAUCCUCAUGGUGCUUGCGUGCAUACGUGCAUGUGAUUGAGUCGUGCAAGAUGGAUUGGUGAGUGAAUUGGUUAGCCAGCAAGUGAAUGGACAAGUGAGUGAGUGAAUUGGAUGGUGAUUUUUCAAUAUCUGUUUUCCGUAGAUAUUCUUCAUAAUCUCUGGCUGUUUGUCAUUUUCAUAGACAUCACACAUUUUUAAUAAAGUAUAUUUGAAACUUUUA